ACUGGGUUGAAUUGAAAUAAAACUUAGUACGUAAUUCUCCAUACGAGUUUAAUAAACGGCGUAAAGUCCUAAAAUUUUUCAUAAACGCUUUCUUCUCAGUUCAUUUUGAUUUUCGUGAAAUAAAAAUAUUAAAGAUUACCUCCAUUUUCCACUCUACCUCAAACAAAAUUCAACUCAACUCCAAAUAAAAUAAAACAGGUCAUGAACAGGCUCAGUCGAACAUUUAACUCGAUCCUGCAUAUAAAUAAGGUCAUAUAAUACAAAAAUUGGAAUAUUUAUAAUAUUUAAUCGUAUUCGUCAUGCCAUUGGAUAUUUGAUUCGUUUGUUGUUCAGAUUGAAAUUAGUGUCGUUGAUUGACUUCUGCUAAAAUUAUAUUAAAAUAUUGAUAAGUUUUCAAUCAUUUGUUUUAAGGUUUCAUACUAUUUGUUUGAAAUUUAAUUUGUAUUUCCUUAUAAAUCUUCAAAACUAGUUACUAAGAAAUUAAUCUUUACAAUCUAAUUAAUCAAAUCGUUCAUCAAGGGUAAGUAUAAAAAGCAUGUCAGAUCAAGGAGAUUCGGUAGCUAGAAUUAUUACGCAGUCGGCCAACACUUCACAAAUGGUUCCCGAUAUUCAACAGUUCCAACAAAAUCCACACGAAGCUCAGAUAACACCAAACUGGGAUUAUUACCAUUUACCAUACAAGAACUCCUACCAGCAAUAUACCGACUAUUAUAAUAACUGUUAUAUGCAUUUCGGCGAAAAUUUGCAACUUAACACUCAAGCUUUACCGACAUUUGAGAGCCAAUAUGAGAAACCUACUUUAAGUAAUAACACAAAUCCUCAAGCUAAUACCGACAACAUUUCGUGCCCCAAUCUUAUUUCUCCGAAUACCGCAGCUGCUUCUAGGAAUCAAAACAUUAGGUUUCCCAACGAACAACCUAAAACAUUUUCUGGUUCAAAUAAUUUGCAAGACAGUAAUGUUUUUAGUGGUAUACGAUUUAAUUUAAACCAGCCGAAUAGACUUGUUAAUUUUCUUAAUCCUUUCAAUAACGUUGGAAAUGUAAGCGGAAAAAAGAAGAGAAAGCGUAACAAAAACAAAUACCAAAUGCAACUCCCAAACCAGCAUUCAAAUGUCAAUAGUAAGGGUACUGACAUUACUACUGAAAUCAAAAGCACACUUUUUGAUCCAAGCAUUCCACCUCCACCUGUCAUUUCUGCAUCUUUAGAUCUUUCUAAGCCACCACCACCGUUGGUGCCAACAAUCAUCGCUUCAAGCCAAAUGCCAUUGAUGAAUUCCCACGUUAGCCAAAGUGUUACAAAUGAAGGUAAUAAUUUUCAAAGUCUGUGUAAUACGGUGGACGCCUGGCCCGAUAGCCUGAAUUCUUACGUUGCUAGAUGUUAUUCGAAAUGCGUAACAGAUCUCGACAAGGAUCAAAUUGACAUUUGCCUCAAAGGGAAAAUUACUGCUGCUGCCACAAAAAAUGAACUAUGGACAAGGGAUUGGAACAAUGAACCGAUUCCAAGUGUCCACAGUGACAGCAAUUUAACAAUCUCGAACACAAAUGUUAAAACUAAGAUCGAUCGCCAACCGAUACGUCCUGGUAUUUCAAAAUGUUUGAACGCACGUUUAGGUCAUCGUUCAACUUUAAAUCAAACAGAAUUUCAUUCGAUAUCAAGAUCCCCGAAACGAAAAAUGCUUAGGGACUUAUCAUUAAGUCCUCACAAAAAAAAACGUAGAAGUUGUAGUUCUGAAUCAUCGGAGAACAAAUCUGUAAAUUAUAUUAACUCCAAAACUAAAAAUAAAAACCUUAGAAAAAAGGUUAAAAAAAACAAGCUUGCUUAUCCAUCAAUUGUUGGAGGUUCUAUAGAAGAUGACUCAAAAAGGCUUCAGGAGAGAGCCGCUCGAUUUGGUCAAAAUCAUUUUUCAACUAAAAAGGGACCUAGUGAAAGGAUGCAGAAACGAAUGUUCGAUGAUUUCGAAGUUGAUACCUCUAUCGAUGAAUUCCAUAUCGUAGGUACAAGCCGGGACUUGGAGAAAUCUUUUCUUAGAUUGACAAAAGCGCCAAUGCCCAAUGAGGUACGGCCUAUUGAUGUAUUGGAAAGUUCCUUACAAAACGUCAAAAAUAAGUGGCGAACGAAACAAGACUACUUCUAUGCUUGCGACCAACUUAAAUCUAUACGUCAAGAUUUAACGGUACAGGGAAUCAGGGAUAAAUUUACAGUCGAAGUAUAUGAAACUCAUGCUCGCAUUGCUAUGGAAAAAGGCGAUCACGAAGAAUUUAACCAGUGCCAAACGCAACUGAAAAUGCUGUAUACAGAGGUUGGGGGAAGCAACAUUAUGGAAUUUAUAUCAUACAGGAUCUUGUAUUAUAUAUUUACAAAGAAUACGCUAGAUAUUACAACUGUUCUUCGUUCUUUGACUCCGGAACAAAGAAUGAAUUCAGCUAUAGCUCAUGCAUUAGAGUUAAGAUCUGCAUGGGCUCUUGGGAACUACUGUCGAUUCUUUAAUCUUUACAAAAAGGCACCGCUCAUGUCGGGAUAUUUAAUUGACUGGUUCAUUGAUAGGGAGCGCAAAUUUGCUCUUAAAGUAAUUAUUAAAACCUAUCGCCCUUUCAUUGGCAUCGACAUGAUUACCCGAAUUUUAGCAUUCAUUUCGGAGGAAAAGUGUCGAGAAUGGAUUGGCACAACAGGUGCUGUUUUAGAGGGAACAUCGGAUAGGGUCAAAGUUGAUUGUAAAAAUAGCAUGAAAGUUUUGCUUAGUUAAGAAAAUCAUUAAUUUUUCUUUUGAAAACGGACGCUACAAUAUCUUUAAAAUAAUAAAACAUUACUAGUUUUUAUAUAAAAUAAUUGUAAUUUUUUUUUAAGGACCAACAUUUUGUUUUUACUAAGAGUUCUGCUCAGUAAUUUUGUAUUAAUUUUAAGAAAACAUUAAAAUCAUGUGAGCAGUACAAAUACAAAAUAAAAAUUGCGUUGGAAAUUGUUUUUAAAACUAAUAUUUAUAACGUGAUUUUAUUUUUAAAAUUGUGUCAUAACUUGUAUUAGUUUGGUCUUAAUCUUAUUUUAUCGAAAAUGAUAUAGAAAUAAAUAAAAUGUUCGACUUUAUAUUUGA